UUUUCUGGAGCUUGGUGGUGAGGUGACUGAAGUACUAGAUUAGAAGGGAUUUGGAUGUAGGUGAGCCGCCUCAUUCGUGCUCUCUGUACCAUCUUCCCACAUCUAUCGCCCGGACGGCCACUGACUGCGGUCGGUGUCCUCCCCGCGGUACCAGAACCAUGCCUGUCCCCGCUGGAUACCUCAGUAAUACCCCCAUGGCCUUCACAUCCUCGGCCUCGCUUAUCCCACCUCCCCUGAUCAACACCCACCAGCCCGGGGUUGUCGCCUCACUUCUCUACAGCGGCUCCAAGUUCCGAGGACAUCAGAAGAGCAAAGGCAACUCCUACGAUGUCGAGGUUGUUUUGCAGGUCCGUUGGAUUUAUGAAACUUUCAUUUGCCAGUCAGCUGACGACUCAAUUUGCUGACAAACAUGUAAAAAACAUAAAAAUGAUUGACAGCUUCCAGAAAAUCAGCCUUAGAGCACAGUGUUGGCAGCUGGUUAGUAAACAACGUUACCGCCAGCGUCAUCUUACACUUUGUCAGGGGUGUUCAUAAUCACCGGCCAUGAAACCUAGAUGUUAGAUGACCCUAUCAUUAAUUGAAGUGACAUUCUAGUGACGAACAUGUCUGCUGUGCGGUAGGUGAGCUGGCAUUAGUGAAAAUGUUAUUACCAGAAUUUGAUUAAACUGUGUUUUGAUGCAUCGUUGGCUUACAUCAUGACAUAAAUGGAAAGAAGUUACACAUUAAUUCCAUUAUCUAGCUAGUGAACAUUUAUAUACUGUUUUCAAGUCUUGUGUUUCUUUCAGCAUGUGACCAUGGAAGACUCAUGCUUGUGUGGGUACUUGAAGAUCAAAGGGUUGACAGAGGUGAGAAUGAUUUACCUGAUACUGAAAAGAGGUUGAAUAAAGGUUGAAUCUUACCCCUUUAUUUUCAUCAUGGUUCUGAGUCCCAGCAUAACUUGUUUCUCUUUCUCUGUUUUUUUCUUCUAUAGGAAUACCCCACUCUGACUACAUUCUUUGCAGGGGAGAUCAUCAGUAGGAAGCGUCCGUUUCUAACCAGGAAGUGGGAUGCAGAUGAGGAUGUGGAUCGCAAACACUGGGUAAAUCGAAUAUGUUAUCAUUAAUUUAAUUUAGCCUAAUUCAAUAAUUUAAUUUAAUAAUCUGAUUCCACCCACGUUGCUCUGCUUUAGACCUCAGUGCCAAAUGAAGUAGGAGCUAAUCUUGCCUGGUAAGAAUGUGGGGGCGUCAUCCCCCUCAUCAAUGUUGUUUGUUUGCUGUUAAUCUCUCGUGGACAGAAUACAUAAAGAAAUUGUAUUUUGACAUCUGUCAAAAGUCCCUGGGAUGCGACGACUAACGAGCAACAGUAGGCUAGUUCUAGUGUUUUGGUUUUCCGCCACUAGUUAUUUGGUUGUAUCAGGAUUGGGUGAACGUGGUGCUUAAAGUGGGGGUGGAGAUUUCAAGCAAUGAGGGGAUUCGAUUAAGCUGGCCCAGGUGGGUGGACUUUGCACCGGGUGAAAAGUGAUUGCAUUUGUUUGGAACCAGGCUGCCUCCCGUGCGUGAGCCCCGUUCUGGCCGACGGGGAGGGGGGGUCUGAUAUCAGUAGAUUUGUCAAGCAAGAACAAUAGUUAUGAUUGUAAAACAUAUUGUACUGUUCCAGCAAAAGGACCCUGUGUAGUGUGGUGUUUUAACUAUUUUCUAUUUGGGCUCCAGGGCAAAUUCCAGGCCUUCUACCAGUAUGCAAAGACGUUCAACUCGGAUGAGUUUGACUAUGAAGAGAUGAAGAACUCUGACUACAUCUUCAUGAGGUGGAAGGUAAGCUCAAACCAGACUGCAUGUUACCUAUUCCUCCAUUACCAAGGAAAACCUGAAACAUGGAUAUGAGGUUUGGCAACAUUUCCUCUAUGUACAGUUGUUUGAAUGAUGUGCUAACUGUUGUGUUUUCCUCCUCUACAGGAGCAGUUCCUGGUCCCUGAUCACACCAUUAAAGACAUCAGCGGUGCUUCCUUUGCUGGUUUCUACUACAUCUGCUUCCAAAAGUCCACAGCCACCAUAGAGGGGUACUACUAUCAUAGGAGCUCAGAAUGGUAACAGGAGACUAAAUACUAACUGGGUCAUUCAUAAAAAUGUGAUAAAACUGGUUCAGAUGUAGCCAGGACUUGCUAACUUAGAACAUAUUCUUGUGCAUCAUCAGUUCUGAUGCGUUUUAUUUUUUUCUCUAAAUUAAGAUUUGAUUUGCUCAGGUUAUCAGGGUCAGAAUGCAGUUCAUGCCCUAAUUCUGUGGGGCAUGAACUUGUGUGAUUUCAUUUAUUUUUUUCAGUCAAGUUCAAAAGAAUGAAGGGUUGAUUUAUUUGAUUUGGGACUGGCCAAUGCAUCUCUCCUCUCCUGACUUUCCACACUAACUAGCACUGUCUGACUCUGUCUCCCUCAAAGGUACCAGUCUCUGAACCUCACCCAUGUUCCAGAACACAGUGCAGCCAUCUAUGAGUUCCGGUGACCCAGGCAUUGUGGCUCUGUUGGCUCAGGACUUUAAGGCCUGCAGAAGCUACAUGAAGACUGAGAAGGACUGGGGAAGGAUGGGUAGAGGGGGGGACAUGAAAACUGUGUUGUUACUACUACCAAGAGGACAUGCUUUUCUGUCUGAAAUAAAAGGAAAUGGAAUGAUGGAUUUAUUGAUGGACAGAUGGA